UCACUAACAAAAUGAAGGUCUCUUAAUUAAACAGCAUGAGCUCCACCUUUGAAUUUACUAUAUGAGUAAUUGUUAAACACGACCGAAUUUAUCAAUAUGAUAAUUUCGCGGCACCUAACCUCUAACACUGUAUUGGGUUGUAGUAAAGUUGUAGACAAUAAUCUCUGCGAUCGCCUUUUGAACGAUGUUUAUUUACGUUUUGUUAGAGCAUGCGCAUAGGAGCUAAUAUGGCGUGCGAAGGAAAACAGUGUUUUACCUAAAUCUAUUAUUUUGUAAUUUUCCAUAUUUUGAUAAUUAAAGUGAGUUGAAACUUGUUUUUCGCCUCAUUUACUGGCAAUCCCAGUACAGUAAAACACUAACGUUCGCUGUGGCAUUCCAGAAUUGUGAAGAAGCCAGGGCCUUUUUUAACAUACAAGCUGGGGGGGGGGGCAUUUGCCCCCCCCCAGUCUCCCCUUGUGCCCCCCCACGGAAUCACAUUUUGCCCCCCCCCCAGGAAAAGUCCCUUUUUCCUAAAAUUAUACAAACAAUCCAGCGAAGAUUAACAAAUAGAUGAACGGAAAGUAAGUUUUAGGCUUUAUCCUCUGUCCUUGUUUAACGAAAUCGAUUUAAAUUGUUACUUUUUUACCACUAAGCCAUGAUAAAUUAUUGUUAAUAUUUUUUUUAUUUUUUGGAUGCUCAGAAUGCAGGAAAUAGCAUUUCACGGUUUCCAAUUUCAAAAAUUUUCUUGGGAUUAUCCCUCUAAUAAGUAAUGAUAAAUUACAGUUAAUAGUCUUUUUUACUUUUUGUGCAUUUUUCCAUCUUUUAUUUCAAAUACAACUAUAGUUAGCAUAAAUUUUAGAGCAAAUUUGGAUGCUCAGAAUGCAGGAAAUGGCAUUUCCGUGGUUCAAAUUUCAAACAUUUUACUUUUUGUGCGUUUCUUCCUUUAUUUAUUUUAAAUACAAGUAUAGUUAGGAUAAAUUUUGGAGCAAAUUUGGAUGCUCAGAAUGCAGGAAAUGACAUUUCUGGGGUUCAAAUUUCAAAAAUUUUCUGGGGGAAUACACCCCCAGACCCCCCCCCCCCAUUCAUGCGUGGUAUAUUUGCCACACACGUGGCUUUCAGCCAUUGCUACCCCCUUCUAAUAUGUUAUCUCACAGAAAGGUCCCUUUUCAAAAAAUGCCCCCCCCCCCACGGGAAAAUCCUUAAAAAAGGCCCUGGAAGAAGCCUAAAUACAAAGGAGUUUUGCAGCCCAAAACUUGUGUAUUGCUUGAAGACAAAUCCAGGAAUCAGCCAUGAAUGUUGAAGAUAAAAAACAAGAAAGAAGCAAGGCUAAAAUGGCGGUCACUGUCGCUGCGAGGCGUCUGAUCGGAGCCUACAACAGAGAUUGUGAAUAUGGUAUUUUAAAGGAUUCAAUGUUCGAACUUGAAAAGGUAUUUGAUGAUUUUUGCGUUAUAAAUGAGGAAUACGAACUCAUUGUAUCUGACGAAAAAUACGCUGAACACCGUGUAGUUAAUGGUGAAGACAUUAUGACUUACAGAGACAAUGUAAAAAGGUGCUAUCGAGAAGCUAGGAGUGUAUUUGUUAGUGUAAAGACAACAAUCGAACAAAAAGCUAGACAACAAAGUGCUGGGCCUGUCAAAGUUGCCCUAAAGAAUGACAUUUGUAGAAUUCAUGAACUAAUCACAGUCGUUGAUGAGAGUUUUAAACUGGAAAAUGUGAAUAUGGCAGCUUUACAACUAGAUAAGAGUGAUCUACAGUCAAUUUUGAACAUAAUAUGUGAUAACAUGGCAAAACUUGGCUCGAUUGAAACACAAGAGCAAGUUAACCUAAUCCAAGAAGAAGUCGAUGCUAUUAUCAGAGCAGUUUACAAUUGCAUCAGAAAGAUAAACUUGUUUUUGCAUGAGCAACAAGCAUUUGUUAAAUCAUUACACAUUGAAAAUGCCACUCUCCCCUCUGAAACCAACACCCCCCCUGAGAACAUCAACACCGUAUUCCCCCCGGAGAUCAACACCAACAUCCCCCCUGAGGACACUGAGACCAUCAACACCAUGUCUCCCCCCGGAAAUCAACACCAACACCCCCCUGAGAACACUGAGACCAUCAACACCAUGUCUCCCCCCGGAAAUCAACACCAACACCCCCCUGAGACCAUCAACACCAUGACCCCCCCGGAUAUCAACACCCCCCCUGAGACCAUCAGCACCACUUCCCCCUCGGCAAUCAACAGCAAUAUCCCCCCUGAGCCCAUUUAUACUGCAACCCACCCUGAAAUUAUUGACACCCCUGCUAUCGAGACCAACACAAUUCCACCUUUGUUGCCAAUUAACGCUUCCCCCCUUAAUUACUCCAGUCCCUUUGGCACCCAAGUUACCACCAACAUUACAAAGGCCAACACCCCCCUACCAACCUUACCUGGGACCAGUACGGGUUUUUGCUUGAAUACAUCAGCUCAAACCUUCAUUCCCUCUACCACCUUUCAUUCGGAAAGCAGUUCCACAUCGGGACAAGCGCAUUUGUCUCAGCAAUGUCAGAAUCCUACAAAUUUAUCAACAGGUUUCCCUGCAUUUGCAAUGCCAAUGGGAUCAAAUCUGCCAAGAGUGGCAUCCAGCUAUUAUAGCAACCACAAUCAGUCCAGGAGCAAUUUGUCAACCAGUCCUAUGUAUACAACCCCAUCUGGACAUCAACCCACAGUCCCGUUGAUUAAUACAAGACCUUCCCACCAAGAUUCCACCAUUCGGCUAAAAAGGAUGGCCCUACCCACAUUCUCCGGACUUAGGAAAGACUGGCCAGAGUUCAAGGCAGUCUGGAAGUCGAUGGCUGAGUCUGCACGUUAUAAUAAAACUGCAUUAGCACACGAACUUAAGAACUCAGUUAAAGGAGAAGCCAAACACCGCAUCAAAUCUGUUUUUGUCACCAAGCCCGAAGCUUACGACAUCAUGUGGGAAAAGCUAGAGUGUCACUAUGGAGAUACCACUGCCAGUGUACAAGCUGCUUUGGAAGAUCUUCAAAGGCUAAAACCUGUAAAAGAAGAAGAUUAUAAAGCUCUGGUUGAAUUAGUUGAUGAAGUUGAAUCUGCCUACAGUCAAUUGGAAGAGCUCAACCAGCUAAACACUUUAACCAUGCGAGAUGUAGACAACCUAACUGAUUUGUUACCUACCCAUCUUAAAGUCGACUGGCGACGAAAGUAUCGUGAUUUAUCGUCUGCGGAGAAACUUCAACCAUUUACUCCGCUAAUGAAGUUUCUAGACAGAGAACGUUCAGUUGUGGCUCGUUUAGCAGAGAAUCAGCAUUCUAAGAAAAGAGGAAAUGACAAUGCAAGAGGGUACAGCAAAACCUAUCAUGUUGAAAGAGGUGCAAAACACGGACAAAGAACCUACUACAAGUGUGCCUUCCCCACCCACAGAAAAGACACCAUAAAUCACACCACCGAACAGUGA